AUGACUGUUCAUAUAGCUUUAUCUUUGAUGGCUAUCUUGAUGAUCAUGUUGCUUUCUCUUAAUAAUAUUUUUGCUGGUAUUUGUGGUAGGAGUUCUCCAGCAAGUGCUUUGGAGAUUAGGAAAAUUCUUGAUGUUCUGAUGCACGCAUCAAAAUGUCCUUUAGCUCCUGCCUCACAAUGUCAGUACCCCAAUUGUCGUAAGAUUAAGGGGCUUUUCCGCCAUGGAAUUCAAUGUGAGGACCGUGUAUCUGGAGGAUGUGUUCUCUGUCAGAAGAUGUGGUAUGCCCUUCUACUUCAUGCUCCCUUCUACUUCAUGCUCGAGCUUGCAAAGAAUCUGAGUGCCAUGUGCCACGUUGCAGAACAACAACAUACAGCACCUCUCACUGCACCUAUUGUGUCUUCCUACAAUCACAAAAUCCGUCCUCUGCUUGAUGCGGUUGACAAGCUCCAUAACCUAAAUGUGACGGAGGAAAACAUCCAACUUCCCACCGUUGUAGUUGUAGGGGACCAAUCCUCUGGUAAGUCCAGCGUCCUUGAGUCCUUGGCUGGCAUCAGCCUUCCCCGCGGUCAAGGUAUCUGCACAAGGGUACCUCUGAUAAUGAGGCUAAAACAGAGUUCCAGUCCUCAAUCAGAGCUUUCCUUAAGUUACAAUGGCAGAGAGGACCACACAGAUGAGGAACACAUUUCAGAGGAUAUUAUUAAAGCCACUAAUUCUAUAGCUGGCAGUGGCAAAGGAAUUUCUAAUACCCCAUUGACUCUGACUCUGAAAAAUAAUGGCGUCCCAGAUUUGACAAUGGUUUAUCUUCCCGGGAUCACUAGAGUGCCUGUUCAUGGCCAGCCGGAAAAUAUUUAUGAUCAAAUUAAAGACAUGAUCACGGAGUAUAUAAAGCCAGAAGAGAGCAUCAUUUUGAAUAUGUUGUCUACUAGUGUUGCUUUUACUACUUUUGAAUCAAUUAGGAUGUCACAGAGUGUGGAUAAGAAUGGUGAGGGGACUCUUGCUGUUAUUACGAAAAUGGAUAAGUUACCUGAAGGGUUGCUUGAGAAGGUCAUAGGAGAUGAUGUGCACAUCGGACUUGGUUAUGUGUGUGUGAGGAACCGGAUUGAUGACAAAGACAGACACAUGCACUGCACAGCUCGGUUGGUUGAGAUGCUGAAUCAGCUCUCAAAUGAACUUGAGAUGUGUGUUCAAAGUGAUGGCGGAUCCAGGAAUUUACAUUCUAAGGGUCAACGUGUAAAAGAUUAUUUUUUAUUUUUUAUUUUUUAUUUAUUUAUAGAAAAUAGACCCAUCGAAAUGAAAUGAUAAUAUUCUAAUUCAUAGUUAAUAGAUAAAACCAUACAAAAUACUCAUGUUCAUUAUCAAAGAGAAUUGCAUCUCUUCAUCUCAAAUCCUUAUUUGUCAUACACGAGUCUGUAAGACCUCCACUAGUACAGCAAAGCCUCGAUUUUUAUUUUUUAGUGCUUCUAUAUGUCGGUUUGCAUGUUUGAGGAGCCUAUGCAAUUCGGCAACUUCAUCCUUCAAGGAUGCGACUUGAGCAAUCAAUGUGGCACACUCUUGGUUCCUCGCUAGCAGAUGCAAUCCUACA